GACAGACGUUGCUAAAUAUUUGCUGAAUAUCUGCUAAUAGUGUUUGCAAUGACAAGAUAUGUUUCUCAUUUGUCGCCUUUUUGGCAACAGAAUCUGUUGCCAACAUUUGUCACAGCAGAAAUGGUUAUAGGAGCAAUUGUAACAUUUCAUCAAAAUGUUUCAGGAUGAUUGCAGAAAUGUUACAUAUGCAACAUUUAUUUAUACUCUAAUAGAUACCGUCACAGACGCACGCUUUGCGCUAUUUGACUUUAUUUUAUUUUUUAAAAAUAAAUUACAACAAUAAUUGUAUCAAGGAGCACAGUAGUGUUUCGCGCUAAGGGUGCGGUCCCAUGGACUGAUAUUUUCCGCGUAACGCGUAUCGCGUAACCAAUCGGAGACGUUCCGCGUUUUCUGUUACGCGGAUUUUGUAAUCUCAUCGUUCACAUGGAACAUAAAACGGCAGCAGCGUAUCGCGUUUAACCAAUGAUAUUUUUCUAUUCUGUUAAAACGUUCCAACAGAAAUGCUAAAUGUCACAGUUGAUUGGUUACGUAAGUUUUUAUUACGCAAAUUUUAUGUCCAUGUGAACGAUAGGAUCUAAAUAUCACGUAAUAAUAUCGCGUAAUAUACAUUAUGUAUUGAAAGUUUAGACAGUUUAGUCUAAAAUGGAUUCAGACUUAUUCUUAUCUAUUAUUGCUUUACAAAAACAAAUAAUAAAAGAAAGAAAUAAAACAUCAAUUUUAAAAUUAAAAAAGUUAGUGAUGCUUUUCUUAUUGUGCCAAAAAAAUGAACAAAAUAAAAUAGUAAAACGAAAAUAUUGGGUUCAUCCAAUUUUUUCCAACAAAAUGCGGAAACAAUAUGGAGCAAGUAACACUCUUAUAAAAGAGUUGCAUUUUCAUAAUGACGACAAAUUCAUUAAUUAUUUUCGCAUGAAUAUGGACACAUAUAAAAAAUUAUUAAAUAUUAUUGGACCACAUAUAACAAAACAAAAAUGUAUUCGAGAUCCAAUACAACCAAAUACGCGUCUAGAAAUAUGUCUCCGUUAUUUAGCCUCAGGAGACAGUAUGAAAUCUCUUUCCUAUAUGUUUCGUAUAGGGACUAGUACGAUUUCAAAAAUUAUAUUUGAAACUUGUGAUGUAAUUUGGAACGUAUUACAAGAUAAAGUUUUUCCACAAUUUAAUAAAGACUUGUGGGAACAUAUAGCAAGUAAAUUUGAAGAAAAAUGGAAUUUCCCACAUUGCAUAGGAGCUAUGGAUGGAAAACAUGUUAUGUUACAAGCUCCUCCUAACAGUGGGUCAAUUUAUUAUAAUUACAAGGGUCAGCAUAGUUUGAAUUUAUUUGCACUAUGUGAUGCAGAAUAUCGUUUUAUCGUGCUGGACAUUGGAGCAGAAGGACGACAAAGUGAUGGUGGGGUAUUCAGAAAGAGCAAAUUAUAUUCUGCAUUAGAAGAAAAUUUGUUGCAAAUUCCACCACCAAAAAUUGUUAAUGUCAGAGGCCCUGUAUUACCAUAUGUAAUUGUCGCAGAUGAAGCCUUUGGCUUGAAAAAUUAUUUAAUGCGACCAUAUUCCCGAAGCCAAAAUCUUGAUCGAAAAAAGAAAAUUUUCAACUACAGAUUAAGUAGAGCAAGACGUACUGUAGAAAGUUCCUUUGGAAUAUUAACUGCAAAAUGGCGAAUCUACAGGAAACCAAUUAUAGCAUCUAUUACUUUAAGUAGAAAAAUUGUGCAAGCAACCUGCUGUUUGCACAAUUUUAUAAUUAAUCAUGAAAAUAGUUAUAAAUAUUAUUCUACUUUAACACCAGUUGAUGCAAAUGUUGCAAAUGAAGCUCUUCAAGACAAUAUAAAUGAAAUAAAUUCUUACUCUAAAAAUGCGGCUAUGAUAAGAGAUAAAUUUGCUGAUUAUUUUGUAAAAGCUGGAGCAGUUACAUGGCAAUGGGAAAAAGCGUUUCGUAAUGAAUUCUGAAUUUUUUAUUUUAAAUAAGUAUAUAUAUGUUUACUUAUUUAAAUUAAUAUAAAUAUAUAUUAUAUAAGUAACUAUUAUCACUAUGCAAUGUGGGAAAUUCUAUUUUUCUUAAAAUGUACUUGCUAUAUGUUCUCACAAGUCUUUAUUAAAUCGUGGAAAAACUUUAUUUUAUAAUAUAUUCCAAAUUACAUCACAAGUUAAACAUGUUAUACGUUUCAUUUGCUAUGUAAUUACAAAGAUUUUUAUUUAAAAUUUUAGAUAAACUUUUAAAUUCAAAAUUUUCAUUUUUUGUGCAG